AUGGCUUCAUCAUGGCAUCAGUCAUUUAUGUUCUGGUGUUUCAGUUUGCUCACUGGAGCUGAAAUUGUUCUGGGUGGCAUUCACAGAUCGUCUACAACUCCUUCUGUCAAUCAAACAUCAUCUCCAUAUAGAACCACUGUGCUGAUCAGACAUGGCACGAGGAGCAAGGAGAGAAAAGUCAUUCUGACAAAAUCUUCAAGGAGGACCUUGUCCUCCAAAGCAAAGCCCACAGUGGUCCAUUUCGGCACUGAAGAUCUGGAGGAGAAGAUCGAGCCAAACCUGGAGAGAUGGGUGUGGGGUAAAGGAGAAGAGGGAGAGCCAACCAAGUUAGAAUGCCCUCCACUGGGUUUGGAGAGUUUGAGAGUUAAAGAUGCCCAGCUGCAGGCCUCAUCAUAUAAACGCCGCGGUCUCGGACCCCACCGUGGUCGACUCAACAUCCAGUCUGGUAUUGAGGAUGGGGACAUUUAUGAUGGAGCUUGGUGUGCACUACAGGAAAACAAGAAACAGUGGCUUCAGGUUGACACUUUGAGAGCCACUCGCUUCAUGGGGGUCAUCAUACAGGGCCGCAGUUCCAUCUGGAGCUGGAAUUGGGUUGAAACCUUCAAGGUGCAGUUCAGUAACGACUCCAUCAUCUGGAAACCCUGCAUGAACGGGACACAAGAGGCAGUGUUUGAGGGGAAUCAGGACACUGACACUCCAGUCCUGGCCAUCUUCCCUGACUCCGCGGUGGCACGGUUCAUUCGGAUCAACCCACAAACCUGGUUUCAAAAUGGAACCAUCUGCUUGCGUGCAGAAGUGUUGGGCUGCACGCUGCCGGACCCAAAUGACAUUUACCAUUGGCAAGUGGAAGAAAGAACACAGGACAAGCUGGACUUCAGACAUCACAAUUACAAGGAAAUGAGGAAGCUCAUGAGGUCAGUGAACGAGGCUUGUCCAGACAUCACACGCAUCUACAGCAUUGGAAAGAGCUACAUGGGUCUGAAACUGUAUGUCAUGGAGAUCUCUGAUAACCCGGGCAAACACGAGCUGGGUGAGCCGGAGUUUCGUUAUGUUGCAGGGAUGCAUGGGAACGAGGUUCUGGGGCGAGAGCUGCUGCUCAACCUGAUGCAGUACAUCUGUCAGGAAUACAAACAGGGCAACCAGCGCGUAGUCCACCUCGUCAAAGAAACUCGCAUCCACCUGCUGCCCUCCAUGAACCCCGAUGGCUACGAGAUGGCCUACAAGAAGGGUUCUGAGCUAGCCAGCUGGGCUCUGGGUCGUUUCAGCUACGAAGGCUAUGACAUGAACAACAACUUCGCCAAUCUGAACUCCGUGAUGUGGGACGCCAAGGAGCUCGAGACGGACAAGUCGAAACUCAUUAACCAUUACAUCCCCAUUCCGAAACAGUACACAUCGAAGAAUGCAUUGGUGGCGCCGGAGACACGCGCAGUGAUCAACUGGAUGCAGUCGAUCCCCUUUGUACUGAGCGCCAACUUGCAUGGCGGUGAGCUGGUGGUGACGUACCCAUUCGACAUGGCGCGAGACUGGGCUCCACGCGAACACACCCCCACCCCGGAUGACAGCUUCUUCCGCUGGCUCGCCACCGUCUACGCCAGCACCAACCACGUCAUGUCCAAUCCAGACCGACGGCCAUGCCACAACAAGGACUUCAUUCGGCAAAACAACAUCGUAAACGGCGCUAACUGGCACACUGUUCCCGGCAGCAUGAACGACUUCAGCUACCUGCACACAAACUGCUUCGAGGUGACAGUCGAGCUGUCGUGUGAUAAAUUCCCUCACGCCAGCGAGCUCCCCAUGGAGUGGGAGAACAACAGAGAGUCGCUGCUGGUCUACAUGGAGCAGGUCCACCGGGGCAUUAAAGGAGUCAUAAAGGACAAAGACACCAAGGCUGGAAUUGCAGACGCCAUCAUUAAAGUGGAUGACAUUGACCAUCACAUCAGAUCCGCAUCUGAAGGGGAUUACUGGCGCCUGCUCAACCCCGGCGAGUACGAGGUGACGGUCAUGGCAGAGGGAUACGUUCCAGUCACACGCUCCUGCAGGGUGGAAUACGAGCACUAUCCCACCAUCUGCAACUUCCAAUUAUCCAAAAGGCCCAAGCAGAAGCUGCGUGAGAUCCUCACCGAGAGAGGAAAGAUCCUCAAAGACCAGCAGCUCCGACUGCACCGGCUGCGUCUGCGCAAACUUGGUGCCAACAACCGACGGUGGACCGCACAGCGGCGUGUGGUUAGGAAAGCACUUUGCCCUUUGACCUGA